CACUGUGGUAAUACUGUGCUAUUUCAAACGGAAUUGAAUCGUGGUAGUGCAUGACCUUCAUUUGAACCUGACAGCAGCAUCUUGUUCUCGUCCGCUAGCUUCCCAAAUAUCGAAGGAUAUUCACAUAAAAUCAUCAACAAAUAGCUAUUUUAUCAAGAUGUCUCGAGAUCGUGCCUCGAGGAGGUUUUAUCGUGUGGACAGUGGCCAUGACCUAUUGGAUUUUAUGGACCGAGGUCAUUCUGCACAACAUGAAAACCGUUGGACUUUUGAGGUCGCUUGGGAGGCUGCCAACAAGGUGGGUGGAAUAUACACCGUAAUUAGAUCAAAAGCUUAUGUAUCCACGGAAGAGAUGGGAGAUCAGUAUUGUUUGAUCGGACCAUACAAAGAAGCCUGUGCUAGGACAGAGGUGGAAGAAGCCGACUUUCCAACUCACAGUCCUCUCAACAAAGCUGUCCAAAUCUUACGUGAUCAAGGUUUCAAAGUUGUCACAGGAACAUGGCUGGUAGAUGGAAAUCCACAAAUAGUUUUAUUUGAUAUUGGAAGUGCUGCAUGGAAAUUGGAUGAGUACAAACAGGAGAUGUGGAAUACCUGUCACCUGGGCAUACCUCACUUGGACAUAGAAGCUAAUGAUGCUGUCAUAUUAGGAUAUCUUGUUUGUCAAUUUAUAUCAGAGUUCAGGAAAGCAGCUGAGGAAUAUUCAUCUGUUCAACCACGAAUUGUAGUUCACUGCCAUGAAUGGCAAGCCGGAGUUGGGCUAAUUGCUUUGAGAACCAGACAUAUUGAUGUCGCUACAGUCUUUACUACGCAUGCUACUCUUCUUGGACGAUAUCUAUGUGCCGGAAAGACGGAUUUUUAUAAUAACUUAGAUAAGUUCAGUGUUGAUGAAGAAGCUGGUAAACGUCAAAUAUAUCACAGAUAUUGUAUGGAACGUGCGGCAUCGCACCUGGCACAUGUAUUUACUACUGUAUCAGAUAUCACAGGUUUUGAGGCUGAACAUCUACUCAAAAGAAAACCCGAUAUUAUUACUCCGAAUGGUUUGAAUGUUAAAAAGUUCUCAGCAUUGCACGAAUUCCAGAAUUUACAUGCCAUAAGCAAAGAAAAGAUUAAUGAGUUUGUCAGAGGUCACUUUUAUGGCCAUUAUGACUUCGACCUAGAUAAGACUUUAUACUUUUUCAUCGCUGGCCGUUACGAAUUUGGAAAUAAAGGAGCUGAUAUUUUCAUUGAAGCAUUAGCAAGACUGAACCACUACCUCAAAUCGUCUAGGCCGGAUGUCACUGUUGUUGCAUUCCUUAUUUUUCCCGCAAGAACUAACAACUUCAAUGUAGAAUCACUGCGCGGGCACGCAGUUACAAAAUCUUUGCGAGAUACAAUUAAUGACAUACAACAAAAGAUCGGAAAACGUAUGUACGAAUUAUGUUUGUCAGGACGUAUGCCGGAAAGUCAAGACCUUUUGGAAAAAGAAGAUACUGUAAAGAUAAAAAGGUGCUUGUACGCUUUGCAAAGGGAUGGAUUGCCUCCUGUUACUACUCACAAUAUUAUAGAUGAUUGGAACGAUCCAGUGUUGACUUCUAUAAGAAGAUGUAAUUUAUUCAACACAGUCAAUGACCGUGUUAAGAUCGUUUUCCAUCCAGAAUUCUUGUCUUCCACAAACCCACUUUUUGGCUUGGACUACGAAGAGUUUGUGAGAGGAUGUCAUCUUGGAGUAUUUCCCUCAUAUUACGAACCUUGGGGUUACACACCUGCCGAGUGUACAGUUAUGGGUAUACCAAGUAUCACCACAAAUUUAUCUGGGUUUGGAUGCUUCAUGCAAGAACACAUCGCUGAUCCAAUGAGCUAUGGCAUCUACGUGGUGGAUAGACGAUUUAUUGGACUUGAAAAUAGUGUGCAGCAACUUGCGCAAUACAUGUUUGAUUUUGCAAGACUCAACCGCAGACAGCGUAUCAUUCAAAGAAAUCGAACCGAACGUCUCAGUGAUCUCCUAGAUUGGAGAAAUCUUGGCAUUUACUAUCGACAAGCAAGAAUAAAGGCGUUGUGCACUCUUUACCCGGAACUUGAGAACGAACUUGGAGAGGGUGGCGUGAGCCGAUUCAAUUAUCCUCGACCAAUCAGUGAGCCUCCAUCUCCAUCUUCUUCUCGACAUACAACUCCUGCAGCAUCCGUUCAUGGCUCUGAUGACGAGGAAGAUGAAGUUGAUGAUGAAAAGGAGCUCGAAGAGUUACGGCAAGCAAAUGGUAGAUAAUUGGUGAAUGGCGGAAUCUAUUACCGUUUUAAGUAGCUCGAUUGAAGGAAGCAAAAAACAGCACGAUAUUGGCAUGUCGUGGUAAGUUUUAGUCAACGUGAACCGUUUAACUCAUGUCUAAUCUCGAAUGAUUAUAUUUUGCUGUAGGCUUACUCAUAAUUCUACCAUUGUUCCUACUCGAGGCUCUCAUUUUUCUCUAGCCUUGUAUUUUCUAAUGUUAUAUUACGCUCAAUGAUAGUGUUAUUACCAAAUAUGCACUAUGUAUCUACUUAUAUCGACGAACAUAGGUCAGUUCCUUUUCUUCUUAAAAUCUAUUUUUGAACUAACCAGAAAUCUACUCAAUACAUUUAAAUUCAUACAUUGCAGCCUACUCUUUCUAUCAUGCGUCGCAAGAGAAAUACAUUUUCAUGUUUAUCGUAUUCAGGUAUUCGUAUGCAUAUGUCAUAUUUUGUUUUUACAAUAUCAGGAUUGUAAAUUAUACCUCCUAAUUGGUUAGGCAAAUUAUCAUUAUUAGUCAUUAGUAAAAAAAUACGGAAUAAUCUUUUAAUAUAAUACCACAAGUGUAAUGAUUGAUUUAAAUAAACUUCUCGCGAACAAUGAGUAGUGACCAGCUGAAAA